UAGCUUCUUAUGUAGCAUGAUUCUGUGCAUGCAUAACACCGACCCGGUUGUUUUUCUGCUUUCGAAUAUGUUAUUUGACUAAAAAGAUUUGAUCUUUAUGCUUGAUUUCAUUCUUUUUGGCUCUUACUUAGGAUGAAGAUGAGUGUUUGCUAAUCUAUCAUGUUUUUUUGUUCAUUUUCAUGCUUAUGCUUGAAGGUUUGGUUGUUAUUUGUUUGACAUAAGUUAAUGUUUUGUUUGAUUUAGCUGACAAUUUGACAUAGUCAAGAGUUUGGGUUUCUGGAUUGUGAAGGAAUUGGGGAAUGAGAUUUUGAGGAAGAUUAGGGUUCUUGAUUCUUGAAGAAUAGAGGGCCAUGGAUAGGAGACCAUAUGAGACCACAUCCCAAUUUAACUUUUGAGGAUGAAACCCCACCAAUCUUUCCAAAUCCAAAUCUGGUUGAAUGGCAGUGACACCAUGGUGGGAUGAGACCAACCUCACAGACAAAAUUUAGGGGUUGAAGGUCUAUCCGCUUUCUCUUAUCCAACUUCGAUGGCGAAUGAGGGAGUUUGUGAGACAUUUCUGGAUCGGGAAGAAAUGGGAAAUCUAAAUAGUGAAGAAGCCCCACUGCCUCAAUCUGGUCAGAGGUUAAAUGUAGUAAACUUAUUGAAUGAAGAUGGUGGAUAUGAAGAUUAUGAUCUUAGGGGUCAAAUGCUUAAGUGGAUUAAUCAGAUACUAAUGGAAGAUAACGUGGAAGAGAAGGCCUACAUGUCUCGACAGUCUACUGAACUUAAGGAUGCAGAAAGAUCAUUUUACGAGCUUAUUGGGGAGGAGUACCCGCCAUCCCCAAAUCUUCACAGAGUUCCUGAUUUGGAUCGAAAUGACAACAUUGGAUCGGGAGACAAUGGUAACGAUGAUUCUUUAUGUCCUAACUUGGAUCCCAAUCCCCGGGAGCGUCAAACUACUAGUGACCAUGUUCCUGUCAAUGUUGCUUCGAGUACAAUUACAAUUCCUGAUAUAUCCAAUUGUACUGAAUCUGUUGAGAAAGGGGUUAGGGAAGCGAGUUCGUUCCUUCCUACUCGCAAUAGCGUGCUUGUUGAUGGAGUUGGGGCUGAGAAGAAUACUGGGAAUCAGGAUGCCCUUGAAGGGCGAAGAGGAACGAAAAAUACUCUUCGUGAAGAUACACAUUUGCCAGAAGGGAGAAGUUACAAGCAAUCAGCAAUUUAUGCUGAACCGAGCAUUAAGCAAGAAGAGUUUGACAAGGUGUUAUUAUGGAGUGGAGAGGACGAAUCCAGUCUUUGUCAUUCCUUGCAGGGCGUUUUGUGUGAAAGUGCAACAGGCAAUGAUGAUUCGAAGGGUUCUAAUAGGAAGAAGAAACCGGGGUCUGAACGAACUUUGGUAGACUUGCGAUCUCUCUUGACGCUUUGUGCACAAGCUGUAGCCGUCCAGGACAUAAGGACUGCCAACGAUUAUUUGAAGCGUAUCAGACAACAUUCGUCUCAAACCGGAGACGAUAUGCAGAGGCUGGCGCAUUAUUUUGCUGAGGCUCUCGAGGCAAGGAUAACGGGAUCUGGGACAAGAAUAUAUAAAGCACUGAUGAAAUAUCCUAGGUAUGCUGCUAGGGCCUUGAAAGCUUUCCAGCUCUAUCGUUCUUCCUGUCCAUUUGUGAAGAUCUCGUAUUUGUUCUCGAACAAGACCAUCACAACUCUAGCCCAGAACGCUUCAUCACUGCACAUUAUUCAUUUCGGGAUUGGUUUUCUUUUCGGCUUUCAAUGGCCUUGCUUAAUACAAAAUCUCUCGUCUAGGCCCGGUGGACCUCCCAAGCUUCGUAUAACCGGGAUUGAUUUUCCACAGUCAGGUUUCCGGCCAGCAGAGAAGGCUGAGAGGACAGGGCGGCUUUUAGCUUAUUAUGCUGAGAAGUUCAAUGUCCCAUUCGAGUUUAAUGCUAUAGCAAAGCAGUGGGAAACAAUUACAGUUGAUGAUCUGAAGAUCAUCGAGGGCGAGGUGCUUGUAGUGAACUGUAUAUAUCAACUUAGGAAACUUCUCGACGAUACAGUGGUUGUAAACAGCCUCAGUCCGAGGGAUACUGUUCUGAAACUAAUCCACGAGGUCCAUCCGGAUGUUUUCAUACACGGGAUUCUCAACAGUGCUUGUAAUUCCCCCUUAUUUACAUCAAGAUUUCGAGCAGCUCUGUCUCAUUACUCAGCUGUGUUCGAUAUGCUUGAGGUCACUAUUCCCCGCGAAGUUCAUGAGAGGAUGCUGAUCGAGAGCUACAUAUUUGGUCAGCAAGCCAUGAACGCGAUUGCAUGUGAAGACACUGAGAGGAUCGAGAGGCCAGAAACGUACAAGAUGUGGCAGGCCAGGAACACGAGGGCUGGAUUUCUUCAGCUCCCUUUGAACCGGGAGAUCGUGAAGAUGUCGAUGCAUACGUUGAAGCGAUACCACAAGGAGUUCGUGAUCGAUGAAGAUGGACAUUGGCUGCUUCUGGGAUGGAAGGGGCGCGCCAUAUUCGCUCUUUCAUCGUGGAAACCAGCUUAGUUCAGAUUACUCAUCGUCUAGCAGACUUAACUCUCCUUCUUGGCUUCUAAUCUCCUUGUUUCUGACGAGGGAAACCCACAGUCACUUCGCAAGGGUGUGUACUGGGUAAACCCCGCCUUGUGAUGCUUUUAUUGAUUGCAUGGCGAGUUCUCGAAUGAAUCUUCCUGGUAGAUAAUGUUAAAAUUUGCUAAUGGUUUUGACAUCCAUGUUCCUGUUAUUCUUGACUAGAUUUGAUGUCUGAGUGAACCUUAAAACUGGUUUUUUCUCCUCAACAUUUCAGUAGAUUGUGAAUGCAGCUAUUGUGAGUGGAAAGCAUUCUAAGUUUCUAACUGCGUCUAUGUGAAUGCAGCCACUGCAUUUGUAUCUAUAUCUCAUAAAAUGAGAGUAAAUCAAUAUAGUAAAAAAAAAAAAUGUUUUUGUUA